GGGCCGGCAGAGCCGCGGGCGCGCGCAGCAGCCGCCGCCGCCGCCGCCAUGGGCUGCACCGUGAGCGCCGAGGACAAGGCGGCCGCCGAGCGCUCCCGCAUGAUCGACAAGAACCUGCGGGAGGACGGCGAGAAGGCGGCGCGGGAGGUGAAGCUGCUGCUGCUCGGUGCCGGCGAGUCUGGGAAGAGCACCAUUGUCAAACAGAUGAAGAUCAUCCACGAGGAUGGCUACUCAGAGGAGGAGUGCCGGCAGUACAAAGCUGUGGUCUACAGCAACACCAUCCAGUCCAUCAUGGCCAUCAUCAAGGCCAUGGGGAACCUGCAGAUUGACUUUGGAGACUCCUCCAGAGCGGAUGAUGCUCGGCAGCUGUUUGCGCUCUCCUGCACCGCUGAGGAGCAGGGCAUCAUGCCGGAGGACUUGGCCAAUGUCAUCCGGAGGCUGUGGGCUGACAACGGGGUCCAGGCCUGUUUCAACCGCUCCAGAGAGUACCAGCUGAACGACUCUGCUGCCUACUACCUGAACGACCUGGAGAGGAUAGCCCGUGCCGAUUACAUCCCCACCCAGCAGGAUGUGCUGCGCACCAGGGUGAAGACCACUGGCAUUGUAGAGACCCACUUCACCUUCAAGGACCUGCACUUCAAGAUGUUCGACGUGGGUGGCCAGCGCUCGGAGCGGAAGAAGUGGAUCCACUGCUUCGAGGGGGUGACUGCUAUCAUUUUCUGCGUGGCCCUGAGCGCCUAUGACCUGGUCCUGGCUGAAGAUGAGGAGAUGAACCGGAUGCAUGAGAGCAUGAAGCUGUUUGACAGCAUCUGCAAUAACAAGUGGUUCACAGACACGUCCAUCAUCCUUUUCCUCAACAAGAAGGACCUCUUCGAGGAGAAGAUCGUGCACAGCUCCCUCACCAUCUGCUUCCCUGAGUACACAGGGGCCAACAAGUAUGACGAGGCAGCCAGCUACAUCCAGAGCAAGUUUGAGGACCUGAACAAGCGGAAGGACACCAAGGAGAUCUACACCCACUUCACCUGCGCCACCGACACCAAGAACGUGCAGUUCGUCUUUGACGCCGUCACCGACGUCAUCAUCAAAAACAACCUGAAGGACUGUGGGCUCUUCUGAGUGUGGCGCUGCCCAGGACCCCCAAAGGAAGGACCACGCCACUCCCCACUCCUGCUUCUCUUUGGAUUCAUCCCUCCGUCCCCACCCCAUAAAGAGACUUUUUGGGUGCCAGCACGGUGGCAGGGCUCAUGUCCCUCCUGCCACCCGUGCUUGCCCCCCACCAUUGUCCUCCUCCUCCUCCUCGCCAGCGUCGCCCUUCCCAGGGAAGACAAGGUUUUAAUCUUGGUUUGUAACCCCUGAACCGCUCCAGCCCCCACUUCAUUCACUCUGAGCCCUGGUGCUCUUCUCACUGUUUACAUUGCAAGUGUUGCUGGCAUGGGGGGCACAGGGUCCCCUCGGGGAUGCCCACCUGGCCACAAACACGACCGAUGACAUUCCUUUUAGUAAACCAGAAAAGAAA